CGCGAUCAUGUGACUGUAAUGUAGUAACACGCGAGCGCAAGAGAAAAGCAGCGCGAGGGCAGCGGGUUAAAACCCACACUUCAUCACUUAACGGAAAUAUACUGCAACGCACACGCGCGGUCACACACGCCGUGCAGCAGAUACACACACACACAGAAGCGAGGCACUGCGAGUCCACAGGUGAGUGUGUGCGGAUGGUUAGUUACUUUAGCCAGAAAUGCAGAACCGAAUUCCAGCACACAGAGUUUGCAGGGUCUGACCAGGAAUGGUGGAUCACUUGUUAGUGGAUGAAGUGACGUUCCUGUCGUACGGUUCCUCUUUGCCAGUACACCACCUGCAGGCCAUGGUCAGGGACGAGCGGGUCUAUCAGGUACUUCCGUCUCCGUUCUCCGAGGAUGAGCUGAGCGAUUCUUCCAGCUCACGUUCCUGCUCCAGCCCUGAGUCUCAGGUUUUGAGCUCCAGGUGCAGCUGCAGCAGCAGCUCAAGCAGUGAGAGCCAAGAUGGCCUCUUGGACUUCCUACUUUCUCAGAGCCAAACAUCUUCAACCCCGGUGCUAACUCCUGCCAUGGUUCCUCCUGUCCUCCCUAUGGGUCUGGCCUGGGAGUCCUGCAGGGAUCGGACUGCCAAAGAGGAAUGCUUUGAGUUUCCUGUGUUUCCUGGAGAUCUGGGAGAACAUGCAGGGCUUCUCUUUCAACCCACACUGGAGGAGAUUGAGGAGUUUUUGGAGGAGAACAUGGAGGUUGUAGCCUUAAAGGAGAAAGCUGAAACAACACAAGACACAUCAGAAAUGAAGACACAAGACCAAACAGUGCCUAUCUCCAGCAUGACGGAGAUGACAGAACUCGAGCCUAAGAGUGUCCCAUCUUCAGCCGGACUUACUACAGGCUCUCAGGCCAUGGUAAAGAAGGAGCCGCUCCCCGGGAAGGCAGGGGCGAUGGAGAGCUCGGGGACACCAGUCUUCCUGCAGAUCCAGCCCAUUCCCAUCAAACAGGAGCCGAAUCCCAAUCCCACACCUGCAUCUCAGUUGCAGACACCCACUUCGGACUUCAAAAUCGCACAGCUACUGGUGAACAUCCAGGGCCAGACAUUUGCUCUGGUUCCUCAAGUGGUUCCACCAGCUAGCCUUAGCAGCACUUCCUCCAAAUUUGUCCGCAUCGCUCCUGUCCCUAUCGCAGCCAAACCCUCAGGACACAUGGAGAACACAGCCAGCGGGAUACAGGGAGCAGGACUCCUCAUUGGGGGUCAGAAAUUCCAGAAGAGCUCCGUAGCUGAUUUAAUUAAAAUGCACAAGUGCACUUUUCCAGGCUGUGCCAAGAUGUAUACCAAGAGCAGUCACCUGAAGGCUCACCUGAGGAGACACACGGGCGAGAAACCCUUUGCCUGCACGUGGCCAGGAUGUGCCUGGAGGUUCUCGAGGUCAGACGAGUUGUCCCGUCACAGACGCUCACAUUCUGGAGUAAAGCCAUAUCAGUGUCACGUCUGUGAGAAGAAAUUCGCCCGCAGUGAUCACCUGUCCAAACACGUCAAAGUCCACCGCUUUCCACGAAACAGCAGGACGACACGCUCUACACACUGACCUCACAUGGCCCUGUCUCUCACACACACACACAGACACACACACACACACACACACACAGAUGAGGAGCAGUUCUCAGUGGUGGUGCUGUUUUAUUUAUUGGUGAUGUACUGAAGCAUGUUACUUGGCAGAACUUUAUCAUUGUCCUGUAGAUCUUUCAGUCCAUCAGUUUUUGCUCCUCAGUGAGAGUCACAUUACAGGUCAUGGAAGUGGCGUGACUCAGUGUUGAUGUUUCUGACUAAAGCAUUGACAUACCUGAUGCAUUAUAAUAUUAUUAUAAUAUUAUAAUGCAUUAUAAUAUUCUCCAUGCUGUCAUUUUGCAAAACCAAAAACUUACUUUCACCUGAGUGUGUGAUUGUAAUCAGGACCAAGUCGUUAUGAUAUAAGCUCCACAGAGCUAACAGCGCUUUAACACCAGAUGCAUCAGCACACCUGUACCUGUUAGGGUGGGCGGAGUCUCUCAGAAAAGGUGAGGUGGAGACCUAGUGAUGAGGACAGUUAUUUGAAUUAAUAAUAAAGUGUGUGUGUGUGUGUGUGUGUAAAAUAUUUUACAAGAAGCAAGUUUGUUUUGAUGGCAGUGACCCAAAAUGAGGUCAGUGGUGCCAGUGCUUUAAUCUUUAAUCUCUAAACACUUUAAACUUUCCCAGACUGUCCAGUAAACACACACACAUUUUCCCACUGAAUCUCUAACACAGUCCUCCUAAGGAACCAGUUGAUGUUCCACAGCAUGUAGUGAGUGUGUAACUUUACAUGGAUUAGACUGAGAAAAUAUAAAAUUCUGCUGAGUAUCAAAGAAAACAUUACUGAGACGUUUAGAAUAAAAUUAAAACAUUAAAUGUGAUGUCUAAUCUGUCAGAUUAUAAAAGAUAUACACAGUGCACUACUGAUCACUAUACUGACCAAUGAGUGAGCUCCUGUCAGUAGCUCCACCCACAUUCAGCACACACUUACAGUAGGAUUCACAGAUAGUGUGCUGUGGGAUUGUGGGUAAUUCAUCCAGUCCAGCUGUUUGGUGUAAAAGCGCUGUUCAUGCUCUGUUGCUGGACUGUGAUUCAGAUAAAAAGGUCUGUGAGGAUAAAGGAGUUAUGAUGAGGGAACAGGGUGUUAAACACGCACAGGAAUUGCAGCUCAUGUGUGAAGCAGAUGGCUUUCUGAUCAGUAUUAUGUAUUAACAAUUAAUCUUUAGUAAAAUUUCUAAAAUUUAUUUUUAAAUCACUUUUUUUCGCCUUGUUCUGUUAAUAAUGGUGAAGAGUUUUCAUAGCAGGUUAAUGUUCUUAUUCAGGGCUAAUGUGUAACUUUACCAACUCUGUGUGUGUGAGAGCGAGAGAGAGAGAGAGAGAGAGAGAGAGAGAGAGUGUGUGUGUGUGUGUGUGAGAGAGAGAGAGUGAGAGAGAGAGAGAAAGAGAGUGUGUGUGUGUGUGAGAGAGAGAGAGUGAGAGAGAGUGAG